AUGUCCUCCGACAUCUUUACAGUUGUCUUAUGUGUUUUUUUUGGUAAUAAGGGAACAGGGCUUAUUCAUUAUAUUUUAAACCCGUGUCUAAUAAUCGUUUUAAAUGCUAGCCAGCUGGAUCUCUAUCUUAAUAACUUUUAUUUAAAGACAGCAAAUUACAACUAUGAAGCUUUAAAACAAUUUUUCAACAAAUUUCCUGACUUUAAAGGACGCCCAACAAUCAUAAGUGGUGAAUCUUAUGCUGGCGUCUAUUUGCCAAUGUUGGCUAAUGUUAUUAUUAAUGGACAAAAAAAUUAUCCAAUAAAUUUGAAAGGGGUGUUAAUUGGAAACGGAUAUUUAAGUCGAACUUUAAAUAUUAAUACAAUGCUAAUUUAUGCUCGCGGUCAUGCCUUUGUAGAUGAAGGAUUAUGGCAAUCUUAUAGUAAAGAAUGCUGUAAUGGAUGUAUUGGUAUGUAUAUAAAGUUAUUUUUUAAUUUAGUGAGAAUGAAGGCGUGGGUCCGAGGUUCCCUUUGA